GCAAAUACCUCUGCCUAAGCAUCCAUACGAGGCGCUGUCUUGACCAUCGUAGACCGCUCCUCCUCGCUAUCUAGACUCUCUCCUGUUGCAGAGGAUAGAUCAGCUAAAGCAUUGAGGACUGAAGAAGAGCAGACUGACCAUUGCACAAGAAGACUGCGCUAUGAGUCUGCCAGAAAAGACCGACUUGUUGCCAGGUCGAAUCGCCAAAGGUCGCCGGCAGAAGCCAUCCUUGAGGAUCGCCAGAGCAACUUCUGCAAGCGCUGCAGCAUCCAAGAUGGCACAGUCAGCAUCGCUCGAAGCCUUCCAGGCCUCAUAUUCAGCACAGGGAGCAAGCAGNGAAGGCUCGAGAUAUACUUGCAGCUCCGCCGGAAUGACGAGAGGCGCGUCAUUGUCGUCAGUGUCGACAGCUGCCUUCCAGGCUUCGAANUCGGCGUCGUAGGCGAGCAGCGACUCGCAUGCCGCCUCUUCGACAGGCUUGACAGACUCGACAGGCUUGACGGGUUCGGCAGGCUUGACAGGCUUGACAGACGCCGGUUUCUUC